AUGACGGAGCCGCCCCCCGCCGCCGGCGGCGCCGGCCCCCCACCUCGGCGAAGACUGACACGACCGGCUGGCCCUGAAGGGGCACCGAGACCACCCGCCAGAGAAGACACCCGCCCCCACCGGUUCCAGCCCGCGCGCCUCCCGCCCUCCAGCCUCUCCCCACCAGUUGAGCUGGGGCCCCGGCUCUCCCCUCCGGCGGCAGUUGGCAGCGGUUGGCGGCGGAGGCGGCGGCAGCGGCAGCACUUACCGGCGGCGCGGCCAGGCCCCCCUGUCAGAGCGGGGUCGAGGAGGGAGGAGGGAAGGGGCACCGCCUCCCCCGCGCCGCCACGCACCCGCCUGAUUGGCCCAGUUCACUCCCCAAGCGCGACCCCACCAGCCCCAACGAGCGGCACACCGACAGCACAGGCGCCUUAUUUGCAUAUUUGUGCCCAAGCCGCUGAUUGGCCCGGAUGGGCGGGGCUGCUGCCGCGGCUGUGGCCCCUUCUGCGGUGGAGGAGACUUAGGCUGCAAAAGAGAAGAGGCGCCUCAUCCCAGUCUUCUUUUCCUUCCAGGCCCGACCUAGGCUCAAGGGAGGGAGGGGGAAGGGCGAUGAGGGGGCGGGGUUGUCCCAGCUCCAUCAAGGCUCCGCGGCGCCGCAAACCCAAUCCCCAGCACGGUUACUCCCAGCCUCCUCGCAGGCCGCCAGAUGCUGGGAGGUCUCCCAGGCAGAGAAGACCGAGGCUGGGGCGCCCUCUGGUCGGAGCUCGGCAUAGUGCAGCGCCCCGCCCCGCCCCUUUCCGCGACCCCGCCCCUUCCCACGGCUCCGCCGCCACGUCAGGGCCCAGCUCGGCCUCUCUGCUUACAUCCGACACCCGCCCACCCCUCAACCCCCCCCUCGCCCCGGACGCGGCCCAGCCGCCACGUCAUGGCCCAUCCUCGGACCCCCGCCAGCCUACUCGGGGCGGCCACCCAGCCAGACCUAAGCCCAGGGCGGGCACAGCGAGGCAUGCAUCAUCAUCUGGCCACUGCCCGCGUGGUUCAGUCUUGGCUUGA